AUGGGCGCCAUCUGCUUCGGCAAGCAGCUGCAGCAACAGCGGCCGCAACCAACGGCGACGCACCGCGUUCCCGCUGCAAUCCACUUAAUGGACCCGAGGGAAUCGGCGCUGAGCAGUCCUGCGCGGAGCCGUACGUCCCACCCUGACGCCCCGACGCCAUCUCCCGAAGACCCUGGGAGUGUGGUUUCGAGGACGGCGUCGCGCCACGUUCGUUCGGCCGAGGCGUCACUCGUGUCAGCCCCGGAGAUCUUGAACCCCAAGCUCUUUCCGGACAUUGAGCAGCCGGCGUUCGACAACAGCACGCCGCGCAACGUCACAACGCAGCAGAUGCAGACCGUCUACCUGCACUGCAUAGUCAACAACCUCGGCGAACGGACGGUGUCUUGGAUACGCCGCCGCGACUUCCAUGUCCUCACGGUGGGCCUGACGACGUACACGGCUGACGACCGGUUCCAGUCUGUGCACAUGGAUCGCUCCGAAGACUGGAUGCUGCAGAUCAAGCGUGUGCAGCCCACCGACGCCGGGGAUUACGAGUGCCAGAUCAACAUGCACCCGCUCAUCUCCUACUUUGUACGACUGGCCGUCUUGGUUCCACGUGCACGGAUCCUGGAGGCACCGGAGCUGUUCAUCAACAGUGGCUCGUCGAUCAACGUGAGCUGCGCGAUCGAGCACAGUCCCGAGCCGCCAGUGUUUGUGUUCUGGUACCACAACGACCGCGUUAUCAACUACGACGAGACGAAGGGCGGCCCGGGCCACAUCUCGGGUGCCAAGCGCCCUCCUGACGCGUACGUCAGCAGCCUCUUCAUACGAAACGCCCGGCCGCAAGACUCCGGCAACUACACCUGCGGCCCGUCGAACGCCGAUUCCACGAGCGUCGUGGUGCACGUGCUCAACGGCGAGAAAAGAGCCGCCAUGCAGCACGACUUCUCGCCAUCGCGGGCCCUGCUUCCAGUCUCGGUGGAGUUGAGGCUGGUGCUCUGUUCCCUGUUCACGACGCUAGGCGUCGCCUUCAGGCUCACCUCUUCUUGACCGUCCUGCGUGACCAAACUCGCCAUGUGUCUACAAAGCUUCGUCACUGUCCGUCCAAACUCACAGACCCCCAAGAGAGGUCUGUCCAUCUCAGCAAAAGCUCAUAUGGGUUGCGGGGUGCCGUUCAAGCGCAUCCAAUCAUUUCCACCCCAGCGUUCUUGCAGUGUCGGUGUUUGUGCGUGAUGUGAUGGAGCGACUGAGCACCGGUGGUUCGUCCAGCCCUGCGAGUGGCGCACGGGAACUGCAGUGCACGUUGCAGCAGCGCACCGAAGAGUCGCCAAACAAUGCUCGUUUGGCUGGGACUUCGUGACGCCACGUACGAAAGUGUGUGCGCGCACUAAGUGGACUCGCUGGAAGCCGCGUACUAUGAGCGAAGCGCAUCGGCUGUGAACCAUACAUAACCUGUGCGUCACACGUUUCACCGGCGACAACGUACAUUCCAGGACGCUCGGACUGUGCGAAGCGAUUCUUCGAGCCGUUUGUGGCUUCUGCGCCGAGGGCUCUUUCUAGUCGUUAGUGAUGAGUCAAAGAAAGAAGUGCGAGACUGCGUUGUGCACUGAGGGCUCGGUGUUAGAUACUUGUCAUGAGCGUGUUAACUUCUUGUCUCGUUCGUUUCAUUAAUUUUACUCGCGGAGAAACGGUGAAAAAAGAGAAAGCCAUUUCGAUAUGUCGGCUUGAUCCAUCAGCGUCAGGCGUUACCACCAGUAUUUUAAAGGAGCCAACAAGCUACAAGUAUUUUUUUCUCUUGCAGAAAAACAUGUGCUGAGCCGUUUGUAACAAUGAUACUUCCUUUUGUUGCCCUGACGCAACAAAGAGUAAAAUAGGUCGGCAUCAAAAUGCUGUUUUUGGGCUGACACUAUUCAUUUUAUGGCUAUUCGUUCCCACUACUUUGGUUGUUAAUAACUUUCCUACGAUAUUUUAUUUGGAGAAUUAUUUUGAUAUCCCUGCUUGCGUUCUCAGCUGAUUUCUGCCAUAACGAAUAACGUCCCUUACACGAGUGCUUUACGAAGCACAUCAAAAACUAAAUCCGCCAUUGCGUGUGAACGUGUUUUGGUUGAUCGUAUGAGAUAAAAAAAGUGCGCUGUUAUAGUUUCUUAUCGGGACAGAUAGGCUUCUGCUGAUUAUUAGAAUAAGCUUUGCACGGCACAAUACGUUCCACAUCGUGGCAUGGAAUCGGAGGUUGAUGAUAUCGACCAGCAUUAUCAACGUUCCUACUAAGUUUUCGUCGUGACUAGUAAAACUUGAGAACCAACUUGGGUAGAAGGUUGACGGAGGAAUUAACUUUUGACUUGCGAUUGAGUUCAGGAGCUGGUUUUAGUGGUAGUGAAUGCUCGAGGAGAUGAUUUGUUCCCAUUAUCGGCAAUGCUCCUUGCUGCAAUCAGAAUUUAACCCACUAUUGGAAAAAUUUUGUCUUGCCCAAACAAAACAUUACCAAGAAUCAAUGGCAGAGAGGCCCAACUGACAAAUAGAAGGCCCUCACCUCACAUCAUUCUUUCCUCCCAUAAUGCUGUCCCAUUUCAUUUGUUCCUGUAGAAGACUCAGAGCCGGCAGUGUUGAACUCACGUGUAGCACAACCGGAUUUUUUAUUUUGGCAAAGUCAAGUGAGAUGAGGUUGUUCUUGUGUAAAUAAAUGUCUUGUUCUUCAUCGUUUGCCUCAUGUAUGUACUAUAAGUACGAACUCGUUCUGAAACUGUUGGAGAACGCUGGUUAAAAAUCAUGUUUAACACUUGAUGUAAAAAAAGAGUUAGUUAAGUAGAUGUUGACUGUACAUACAUCAUCACACAUUUUUGUCAAAGGAAUAACUGUUGAGACUUUGUAAAUAAAGAAUGAUAUGUUGACAAACA